ACAGGAAGACCUGUCAAACCUCCAAAUCCACAGUGAGCACAACUUGUCGGCACACACGUAUUGGAGCCAGACGAGGGGCGGCUGGGAGCAAUUCACUCACAGGUACGCAGCCAGAGGCAAAACAAAAGCAAAAUUGCGACACUCGCAGAAAGCGACUCGGGCGCCCUCCAUGCUCGGGUGUUGAGAUCCAUGGAAGUGGCCGGUUUCUACGACGAGGGCGGCUUUGCUAUCCACGCGAGAGACGGCAUUCUCAACCCGGGCGGCUCAUACUGGAGGCUCGGAGACUCGAUGACGGAGUUGGGCAUCGAGGAGCGAGAGAGAGCGAUCGACUUUAGCGUCUACUUGGAUCCGGCGGCCGCCGCCGCCGUGCACUGCCCGCAGCUGGCGGCGCACUCGCACCCUCCCCAGGGCGACGUCUUCUCCGACUUUCUGGCCGAGAACAAGCUCAAGAGAGCGGCCACUUUUAAGAACUACACGCUGCUCAACGAGCUGGAGGCGGCUCAGAGAGACGGUCCGAGGGACCCCCGGGGUCCGCCCUACGGGUUGAGCUACGGCGACCUCCAGGAGACGCGCGUGGACAGUGUGCUCGCCUCUGAGCUGGUCCGCUACCGCGCCUCUAGAGACGACAGCAACCAGGAGGACGCCAAGAUGGACAACGGCUCGUCCGCUUUCGACAUGCGCCCCUACCUGCAGUACCAGUCUACCGGGAGCAGCGUAGGCAACAUCUCCACGGCGUCGUCCACUUGCUCCAGCCCGCCCGGAACCCCCGCGCCGGCCACUCAGGGCAGGUCCCCGAGGUCCCCGUCGCACGGGACCAAGCUCUCCGGCGGCAAGACUAAAAAGCGCCUGGACAAGGACAGCGACGAGUACCGGCAGAGGCGCGAGAGGAACAACUUGGCCGUGCGGAAGAGCCGCGACAAAGCCAAAAUGCGCAACUUGGAGACGCAGCACAAAGUGUUAGAACUGGCGGCUGAGAACGAUCGUUUACAGAAGAGAGUAGAGCAGCUGUCCAGGGAGCUGGCCACCCUGCGCAACCUGCUCUCGGCCACCGGACAGUGUUAAACGCCUCGGGCUUGCUCCCGAGCCUCGCCCCCUCCGCGGACUCGAGACGAGACCUUGCUAGGAGAAAUGACUAUUGAGGGGGGUGACUUGCGAUCAGUUUACAAGGACACUUUACAAUCAGACUCUUCCGAAGAAGUGGCUAUUGCACGGAUUGCGCAACACUCUUCUACGCGUCUAAUUGUGCAUAUGCAGUAUUUGUGUGCAGGCUCGAGCAAAUUACAUGCGAUUGGCCAAUUUCCACGUGAAUAUGUCGAAGUGGAGCAGAGGCUGCUUGUCAAGCGAAGAGUUGUGCUGCAGUGAAAUGAUGCAACUCUUGGUAAUAACACAGGCAACGGAUGAAAUAAGUGGAAUUAUUUAAUAUCAACGAUGUGAAAUGUAUUAAUUGUACUUGAUAUUUUAUGGAAUUAAAACAAUUUCUACUUUGGUCUAAACAA